AUGUCGCACCUCAAGUACGCCGACGCCAAGUACGUCUUCCUCACCGACUUCGAUGGCACCAUUACCCUCCUCGACUCCAACGACCACAUGGUCGACACCGUCGGCAUGGGCUACACCGAGCGAAGGAAGAUCAACGUCGAGAUCGUCGAGGAGCGCGUCAGCUACCGCGAGGGCUUCAAGACGAUGAUUGAGAGCGUCAAGAGGCCCUUCAAGGAGAUGGAGGAGCUCGUCCGAAGGGACGUCACCCUUGACCCCGGAUUCAAGGAGUUCUAUGCCUUCGCCAAGGCCAACAACAUUCCCGUCAUCAUCGUCUCGUCCGGCAUGACGCCCAUCAUCCGUUCCAUUCUCUCGAACCUCAUCGGCGAAAAGGACGCCGCCGAGAUUGACAUCAUCUCCAACGAGGUCAAGUUCACUGACCCGGAGCAGAAGGGCGAGACCUGGGAGCUCGUCUACAGGCACCCCGACAACCACUUUGGACACGACAAGAGCCUCUCGAUCGCCCCCUACCGCGAGCUCGAGAGCCGACCCAUCCUCUUCUUCGCCGGCGACGGCAUUUCGGACAUGUCGGCGGCCAGGCACGCCGACGUCCUCUUUGUCAAGGACAAGCAGGACAACGAUCUCGCAACCUACUGCCGCACCCACAACAUCCCCCACCACAUGUUCAAGGACUGGACCGUGCCCAAGAAGAUGCUCGAGAAGAUUAUCUCGGGCGAGCUCAAGAUUGAGGACGUCGCCGGCAAGUCGUCUUAG